UUGUAGUGGCAAUUAUUUUAAGUGAACUGCCUGUACAGAUUUAGCAGUUUUAGGUGCCAGGUUGCUUAUUUGGGGCAGACAAUAUUGUUAAUGUGUGAAACAUGAUAAAAAUUGACCAAUAAGAUCACCUGGAUAUUUCAAACAUAAAUAGUGUGCAUAAAAAUAGAUACAGAGCAGAUGGCCUGACUCCCUGCACACCUUGCUGACCAGAAUACUCGAGCAACACAUACAGCCAAAAUCUUGCCAUCUUUGAAGCUGAUCAGCUGCAAAGGCGAGGGUUAUCCUCAUGCUACUCUUUAUCUGUUAACACUCCUGCAUACGUUGAUUAGUGUAUCCUAGAGGCAUAAUACACCCUGGGCUUGUUUGAACUUGUUACUACCUAAGCAAAGCAAAUCAUCUGGUUUAGAGCUCCGGUUCUCAGGAGUCGGUUAGAUUAAAAAGGCUGUGAGCUGAAAUCUGAUGUACAGUGGAAAAAGCCCAAAACACAGAGGGUUGGGUUUGCAGCCAGCUCACAGCACUGCUUGUAGCUGAUAAACAUGCAACAGAGCCUGCCUCUCAUUCUCAUUUUUACCUUGGACGCUAAGAGCAGCCACCACCAUCCUGCGGAUUAAGCAGGAUGUAAGGCUUUUCAUGCCUCCUUGUAUGGUUCAACAGAUGUGAAAGGGAAUUAUCACUUCAACAUGAUAUCAAGACUCUCUUUUUUUUUUUUUUCUAGCUGAUGGCAGAUUACUAAGCCUGAAUUCUUGUUUAAUUUUAGUGUGUUAAUUGAUGGGAUAAUGAGCAUUGAUUAUAUGUGUUUUGGCUGCGUCAUUGCAAUUAUAGGCUCUGUUUUAUUCAUGAGCCAGUCCUAAAGAAUGCACUAGAGAUCUAAGACAGCUUAAACCUCUCAGAAAAAGGCUCUGAAUUGUUUGAGUAAUGACACUCUUAGAUGGAAAAUUAAAGGUUCUCUUUUCCCAUGCUUUUUAAGAUAAUUAAAAUCCAGGAACAGUAAGGUGGUGAACAUCCUUAUUCAUUAGUCUUCAGUAAUUUAGCUCCUACUAACUGAGGAAAACAUUUUAAUUCUCCAGGCCAUCUGUUGCAGUCUCCUUUGCGUGUCCUGUUACAUAAAGUCUCAUCCUGGGUAGUUUUAGCAUCAGCAUUGUAUUCUUUCACUAGGAAUGAUGAGUUGGGUGAGCUAGUUGAAGUCACUGCCUAUUAACAGACCACCCUGGGAUUAAAAGGGUUGCUUGGUCUUUUAGAUCCAAGUUAUCCCAUCUAGACACCUCUGGGUUUCCGUGCAUGGAGAUAGGCAGUGUGACAAGAUGUGUGUUUUCUAAAAGCAAUAUCCAUGCCAAUAAAUAACAAAGUUCAUCAGAGCUCUUCCAGUUCCUCAACAUGCGACUGCUCUGCCAUAUGGCUCCAUGCUGCUUUUGGAAGCAGGUAGUAACCACUCACAUAGAAACCAAAGCAGAGGCUCUGUGCUGGAUGAUGCUUUGCAAGAGAUCCAGAGGAAGAACAGAUCUCUUUGCUUUGCACUGGGGAAUAAAUAUUAGAGCAGGAGUGUGCUCACCUGGGAUAAAUGCUGGGUCAGGAAAUGGGAUAUCUGACUAUUGGAACAACUCACUUUAUAGCUUUGGGCAAGCUACAUUAGCCUACACUAGAAACAUUUCCCAUUGAAAUGACAAUGUGUAUAGCUCAAUGGAUCCAGGUUCUUAAGUUAUUCCUGAUGCAGUUACAUCCCUACAGAUCUAAGAGGAUUCAGGUUCCAUUAAUUUGGCUUGUUUCUGUCAAAUUCUCACAUCAAAUCAAAGCCAUGCUACUUGUCAACAGGGGCUGCUUUAGACCCAUGUGUUUAACCAGCUCCAUGAUCACCAGGUAGUGUUUCCGUUACUGAUAAGGCAGGGCUGCAAGCUUCCACAGGGUAGAGCUUGAAUUCACCUGCUUGCUAUUACUCAAGUUGCUUAGAGAUCACAAACACCCUGGCUUUGAGAUGUGUGGCUGCAGAGCCAGUGUCUCCAGUACAAAGGAGUGCUUGGACAAUAACCCAGCUCCUGCACCUACCAAAAAGAGCCCUUUGGCUGCAGCAGAUAUGUCCAAGCGCAUACCCAUAGCCAAGCAGCUGGCAUCAAUAAAAGCUCUAGGAAAAGGCUCAGACCUUGAGAAAGCUUUUGCUACAGUGGCUUUGGUGUAUAACAACUCUGCUGACCCUGAGGGCAAGCUCAGCAAAGGUGAAACCAAAAGCUUGCUGCAAACCCAGUUUGGGCGUUUCAUACAGGGCCAAGAAAACAAACCAAAAUACCAGGAAAUCAUUUCUUCCCUGGAUGAGGAGCCAGAGAACAAAAUUGAUUUUGAAGACUUCAUGAUCUUGUUAGUCAGCCUCACUCUAAUGUCUGACCUGCUGCAGCAGAUCAGAAACAUGAAAACCACAAAAUGAGCAGUGCUUUAGGAGAAGAAAGGGCUUGGUGCUUCAUAAGGAAAGCAGGCGUGAAGCACAAGCAGAGAUAACACUGAGUGCCUGGAUACUCUGUGCUGAUCCCUUUACAUGGAAUAAAGUCUCGUCCAAACUGUGCUGAUCUCACUCCUUUAUGUGAAUGAUCCUUGGAGUGAAAUGUUGGUGCUAAGGGCUUC